AAAUGCCUGUCCGGCGGGGGCAUGUGGCCCCUCAGAACACCUACUUGGAUACCAUCAUCAGGAAAUUUGAAGGACAAAACCGCAAGUUCCUCAUUGCCAAUGCCCAGAUGGAGAACUGUGCCAUCAUUUAUUGCAAUGAUGGCUUCUGCGAGAUGUUUGGCUACUCCCGGGUGGAGGUGAUGCAGCGUCCCUGCUCCUGUGACUUCCUCACGGGGCCUGACACUACGCACAACUCCAUGGCACAGUUGGGGCAGGCACUGCUUGGGUCGGAGGAGUGUAAGCUGGAGAUCCUCUACUACAGGAAAGACACAUCAUGCAUCCGGUGCUUGGUGGAUGUGGUCCCUGUAAAGAAUGAAGAGGGCGUGGUCAUCAUGUUCAUCUUAAACUUCGAGGACCUGGCAGCUCUCAUUGCCAAAAGUGCCCGACAGAGCCUACACCAGCGUCUGUCCCAAGGAUGGCGAACAGGUCAAAAUAAGAGCUUGAAGUUUAGUCUCCCACCCCUGCAGCGUCUCGCACUCCGGCGGAAAUCUCUGACUGCCACUGAGUUUGAUGGAGUAGCCAUUGACUAUGGAAAGCCUGGAGGGGACUCCUUAAAACUCAAGGAGUUGAAGACUCUGCCUGCGGAUAACUGUGCCCAGUCUGAAACUGAAGCACUGCUGGGGAAGGAGCGGAAGCCAAGCCUGGAGACUGCACCUGACACUGAAGUGCACCACUCAGCCCCAGCGCAAGAGCUGCCUUCCCUAGGGCCUCGAGGGUCACACCCUGCCAGGGGCUUGGGACGGUUCAAGCCUGGGGGCAGCUUCCAUAGCCUCCGCCAGGUCUCCUCGUUGGAGGAUUUGGAGGCUGCAAGGUCUGAGUUCCAGAGAAAAUUCAGGGAAAGGAGGGCAAACUCAGAGGCCUCCCAAGUCAAGCCCAACCAAAAUUCCACAUCAGAUUCGGACCUCAUGAAGUAUAGGACAAUCAGCCAAAUUCCACAGUUCACCCUCAACUUUGUGGAGUUCAACCUAGAGAAACACCGUUCGGGCUCUACUACGGAGAUUGAAAUUAUUGCACCACACAAGGUGACAGAACGUACCCAGAAUGUAACCGAAAAGGUCACCCAGGUCCUGUCCCUGGGAGCCGAUGUCCUCCCCGAGUACAAACUGCAGGCUCCGCGCAUCCACCGAUGGACCAUCCUGCACUACAGUCCCUUCAAGGCUGUAUGGGACUGGCUGAUCCUGCUGCUCGUCAUCUACACAGCUGUCUUCACACCCUACUCAGCUGCCUUCCUGCUCAACGAAGAGCACGAGGAGAAGCGCUCAGACUGCAGCUACACAUGUGACCCACUCUACAUCAUUGACCUCAUUGUGGACAUCAUGUUUAUCGUUGACAUUAUCAUCAACUUCCGUACCACUUACGUCAAUAUCAACGAUGAGGUAGUAAGCCACCCAGCAAAGAUUGCCAUUCACUACUUCAAGGGUUGGUUUCUCAUUGAUAUGGUGGCUGCCAUCCCCUUUGAUUUGCUCAUCUUCCGCUCAGGAUCAGAUGAGACAACAACUUUGAUAGGGUUGCUGAAGACCGCACGGCUGUUACGUCUGGUGAGAGUAGCCCGCAAGUUGGACCGCUAUUCUGAGUAUGGAGCUGCUGUGCUCUUCUUGCUCAUGUGCACUUUUGCCCUCAUUGCUCAUUGGCUAGCCUGCAUUUGGUAUGCCAUUGGCAAUGUGGAGCGGCCCUACAUGGAGCAUAAGAUUGGAUGGCUGGACAACCUCGGUGACCAGAUCGGCAAACGCUACAAUGACAGUGACCUCUCAUCUGGCCCCUCCAUCAAGGACAAAUAUGUGACCGCCCUCUACUUCACCUUCAGUAGCCUCACCAGUGUGGGCUUUGGCAAUGUCUCACCCAAUACCAACUCUGAGAAGAUCUUUUCCAUCUGUGUCAUGCUGAUUGGCUCUCUCAUGUAUGCCAGCAUCUUUGGCAAUGUCUCUGCCAUCAUCCAGCGCCUGUACUCAGGCACAGCUCGCUACCACACCCAGAUGCUGAGGGUUAAGGAAUUCAUCCGCUUCCACCAAAUCCCCAACCCGCUACGCCAGCGGCUUGAAGAGUAUUUCCAGCAUGCCUGGUCCUACACCAAUGGUAUCGACAUGAAUGCGGUGCUGAAAGGGUUCCCUGACUGCCUGCAAGCUGAUAUCUGCCUCCACCUCAACCGCACCCUUCUCCAAAAUUGCAAAGCCUUCCGAGGAGCUAGCAAAGGCUGCCUGCGGGCCUUGGCCAUGAAGUUCAAGACAACCCACGCACCACCUGGUGAUACCUUGGUGCAUUAUGGAGAUGUCCUCACUACUCUCUAUUUCAUCUCACGUGGCUCCAUCGAGAUCCUUCGAGAAGACAUUGUAGUAGCUAUCCUAGGGAAGAAUGACAUCUUUGGAGAGCCAAUCAGUCUCUACGCCAGGCCUGGGAAAUCCAGUGCAGACGUGCGAGCGCUCACCUAUUGCGACUUGCAUAAGAUUCAGCGGGAGGACCUCCUGGAAGUCUUGGAUAUGUACCCAGUCUUCUCAGAUAAUUUCUGGAGCAACCUGGAGAUAACAUUCAACCUGAGAGAUGCAGACAGUGUUCCUCGUUCACCACUCAGUGAGGAGUAUGCAUGCAACUAUCGCCGGGCACGCCGCCGUAAGCGUUCCCUCUGCAAGACUAACAAAAUUGACCCAGAUGGCUUGGAUGCAGGCGUCUCAGACCCAGAGCAGUACCAUGCGUACUCUGAGCUUACACAGCUGCAGCGUCCUCACAGCAAGGAUCAUUGGGAUGAUAUGUGUAGCACCACAACACCCUGCUCCCAGACUAGCGAGGAGGAGGCCAAGAUGCCUAGCCCUACCAAGGGUGAAUCCUUCACAACCACUGAAAAGAACCUCUAUGCCCCAGCAGUGGUAAACCUGAUUAGUGAUGGCACUGAGGCUGAUAAACUGGUGACUGAUGAUAGCCUGUCCUACGCAGGUAUGACAACACCAUUGGAUGUUUCCAACCUGUUCACAUUCUGGGAGGACAAGAGGUCCAGCCCUCUUACAGAACCUCUGCAACACAUGUCCUUGGUACAUAGCCCAUUGGACAUGCCUUCAAACUUGGAUGACAAACCACGGCAGAUUGAAUCCAAACUAGAGUGCCUACAGGCACAGCUCAGCAGACUGGAGUCCAGGAUGACUUCCGACAUCAGUCUCAUCCUGCAGCUGCUGCAGCGACAGCUGUCUCAAGUGCCACCUGCAUACAGUCCCAUCUCGCCCUCCUCUCACAACUUGGCUUUGUACAGCAUGAACCUGAGGAGCACAGAGCCUGUUCCACCAUUAGAGGAAGAGGAGCUGACUCCCACAGAGGAGACUCCAAGCUACACAGAAAUUGAAAAAUACCAGCUGAAAUCCAGGGACUCCUUGUCAAGUGGUGUACACCUAACUGUGGCUUCAGAUGAAACCAUGACAAUCAGCUCUGAGCAAGAGCAUUACCCACAGAUCCUGCCAAACCAAGAGCCCCACCGGAGGGCACCAGGCAACCAGGGACUCUUCCGAGGAAUUCGUUUCCCUUCUCUGCCCGAGCAUCUGGAGGCACAUUCCGAGCACUUGGACAUUCAGAGACAUCUCUCUGACCCACUGCUUCCGGCAACUUAGGAAUUGAA